AUGCUUCCACCACAUCGACCUGCAUUAGCAAGUACUAGUAGUCCUGCACAAAUUCCAACUAGUAUUACUACGAAUAAUUCUGGAAAUGUUAUCGGAAUAUCGAUGAGAACACCGGAACCAUCACCACGGAUACGUAAAGAUGCUACCACAGAUGUACGUGUUGGUGUUGGUAGGCAUCGUGACAAAUUGGAACAAAUCCGGGAUUCGUUACGUCCGUUUGAACAAACCGGUAACAUGGAAGCACCAACUGCAGCAACAGCAGCAUCAUCAUCGUCGUCAUCGUCACCCAAUAACAAUAACAAUAAUAAUUUUACGGUUGAAGAUGAAACUCGACGACAAAUUUUAGUCAAUACAUUGACACAAAUUGGCUUUGAAGAGCAAGCAGCCCUUUUAGCGCUUGAACUAGUCCGUUAUUCAAGUGUCGCAGCAGCAGCUGAAGUUUUGCUAAAUCUCAAUAAGGAACAUGUCUUUCGACAGGAUUUGCGCGAUUCUGGAGGGACGUUUCAUGCAUCGUUAUCACCAGCUGUAACUACUACGGCUUCACCUCCAUAUAACUGUAAUAAUAAUGGUGUAAUCUCAAACAAUACCAAAUUAAUGGUACCAUCCGGUAUAACCGGUCAAGUGACGGGGGCAGCACCGAUUUCUGGAAUUGUGAUAAAUGCUCAAAUGCCGACAACAUCAAUUUUAGCAAAUAUCGACGAUAGCUCAUCAAGUCGAUCAAAUAGUCCUUUGGCAAGGAUACCAAGUCCGCCAGCAUCAGCUACUUCUUUUCAAGUACGUUCGACAAGUCCUUCAUUGCAAAUUAUCACUAAUCCUUAUCAUCAAGCAGCCGAUUACCAUCGGAUGCAUGUUCAUUUGCCAAUUGAUUCAUCGAAGUAUUGUUAUAAUAAUGCGACCAAAACAGCGGUAAAUAAUUAUGAUUAUGGAUUAACGGCAUCAUCGUCACAGGCUACAACAGCCGUAGCAUCAUUCACGUCAGGUACACCGUUAUCCGGAAUUACUCGUAGUCGGAAAGUAGAUCGACCAUCAACGCAACAAGCAUCAGCAAUUAUCAAUAUCGACGGAUUGCAAGGGUGCAAUGAUCGCGUUGUUAAGCCAACACGAUCGUUGAAUUCUCGAUCUCACAUAAAUAAUGCUACUGGUUUGCGAAGAUCUGAUGCAGUACCAGUGAUAAGGACACGAUUAGAAAGGCCGAUUAAUACAAGACAUCCACUGAAUACUUCUAGUUCGUUACACAAAGUGGUAAGUUAA